UUUUCAUCUGUCUCUUUUCUGUCCUGGUGCUCGUUUAACAAUCUUGAUUCAUGCUCAGGUCCAUCAGACUCACUCAAGCACAGCUCAAGUUUCUAGCUUCCCAGAACCCCGACGUCAGGGCAGCAGCAGUUCCAGAUUCCCUCGCUGCCUUGGCAGAGGCCCACUUCUCAGGCCUCCUGCGGUGCUGGGAUGCCUCCUCUGGCCUGGACCUAUGCUCAGCUUUCAUCUGUGGUCACAGACAGACUAACCGGGGCAGUACCAGCUGGGGGUGGUACUGAGUCCUCCAGGCAGGACUGGAGUCUGGACUGAUGAUGAAACAACUCAGGGUUCUGAGUCCUCCAGGCAGGACUGGAGUCUGGACUGAUGAUGAAACAACUCCUGAGAGCCAGAUUUAACAUGGAGGUUUCCUUGGGGUCUGCAGUCCUGGGGAUCGCCACGGCUCUCCUGUCUUCCUUCUGCGUAGGGCAUCAGAGAACAAUCUCUUUGCGAUUUCCUGUCACUUUGGCACUUUGGUUUCUAUACAUUCAUAGUAAGGUAUAUUUUGGGAUUCUGUCAUUGGCUCUACUACUUAAUAAUUUCAUGAUUUGGAUGAAUGACUCAUGGUCUUCAAAUCCCAACAGUUUCCUCAUGUAAGUGAGGAUAAUUGUCAGCCCUGCUGUUAGCCUUAAAAGCAUUUUUGUGGGAAUUAGAAAACUGCUGUAACAUACACAGCUACAAAGACCAUGAGUGUGAGUUGUGCCUAGAGUUGCACAGUGCACACCCGGGGCCACCGGGGCCCUGAAAUACCAGGGCCUCCCUCCCAGGACUACUGGGGGGAGUAAGUGAAAUGACGUAUAUGAAGUGUUUCAGCCACAGUGAUAAUUGGCUGUAGUUAUUAUCUUUAUGAUUUGAACUUCUCCCAUUCCGGACCUUUGGAGUGAGGACUCAAAAAGAGCACCCCCAGCCAGCAGCUUCUGCCACAGGGCAGGACACACAGCUCUGCCUUAUGAAAAUGAUGAUUCUUCCCACAAAGUGGCCCCUUGCCUGGGUUGCAGCUCCGCGGUGGUAAGAGGGAUGUGGACGCACGGUGUGUGGCCCCACCACACCAGGCCAGGCAGGGACACUCAGACGCAGCCCACUGGAGGCUGGGUGGGACUCAAGCCCGAGCCCCAGGGAGGCAGCCUCCCUGCGUUCAAAGGCUGUCACAUGGCGCAGUCACACCGGCCUCGCUGUGGGAGGAAAAGCCCGUGCAUAAUGGAAACUCCUCACAAUACAAUGUGGAAAAGCAAUUUUAAGAAUCGUUUUGAUUUUAAUUUUGAAGCCAAGGAAAACAGUUGGACUUGCUUUUCUUUGUUGGUCACAGGAAGAAACUGAGGAGCAUCACUUUGAUUGGAAUUGAGUUCUUCUCCAGGCCUAAGAUGCCUGGAAUGCUUGGGGGAGUUAUUUCUCUCGGGAUGCAAUUAGUUGAAUAAAUACCAAGAGAGCAAAAGUAAACAAACUCAUUACUGCCCAUUAAGAAGUGCCAAACUAGCAAAAAGCUGGAGGGGAGAGGGGGAAGUCAGGGUUGGAAUCUUUAAGGAGAAUAAAUGAUUCCCUGUUGAGCGCAGUGCAGAGAGCAGGCCCUUGGUAUCAGGCUGACCCGAGUUCUCAUCUGCCGUGGGUUCCUGGGCCAGUCACAUAGCCUCUCUGGGAUUCAAUGUCUCCACUGAUAAAAUGGAGGGAACAGCAACCCCACUGGAUUACCUGGGCCAGUGCAUGUCAGGCACCCUGCACGCUGCCCUUGCCUUGCCUUCCUUCCUGUAACCAAUCAGCUCAAGUCACCCCACUAAGCCCAGGCCCCAUGGAGACAGAUCAGUAGGAACCAGAAUUAAGCAUACAGUUUCAAGAGGUCCCACCCCUAGCAAUGUGACCUCAAGCCAGUUACCCCACACGUUUCUGAGUUUCCUUACUCUCAAAACAGGCACCAUACUAAUAACUAGUUAUGAAUGUUGGAGUGAUUAAAUGAGUCAAUGUGUAUGCAAAGGACCUGGAAACCUGAAACCCUGUGUAAGUGUUAGUCAAAGACAUGGUACAAGUGCCUAACUCAAUGCCUGGCCCAAACUUAGAGCUCCUUACUGCUAGUUUGUAUUGUUACCACUUUUGUUGUUGUUCCUGUUAUCCUACCGCUACCACACCACUCCAAUCUUUGGUUUCUGAAGUGCUUCCGUGUUCCUUGCCUACUGUGCAAGGUGGGUUGGAUCACUCCAUUUCACAGAAGAGGCUCAGCCCCUGAGAUCUCAAGUCUCAAGAGCUUUGCCUGGGGACCAGUGAGAGCCACUUGGGAGGGGACAGAACCCAGUGACAAACAGUGCAGUCCUCCCGGUCUGGAAGCCUGGGAAGGUUUGGAAACCAACCCUUUCCUGGAACCAGGUUGCCUCCCUGAGCCUCUGGCAGUUUCUUGGCCAUGGGUGAGGCCAAUGCCCGCCCCAGCACAGAAAGGUAUUUGUCAUCAGCUGCUACAGGCUUUCAUAGAUUCUGUUCACAAAGAACAACCAGCAUUUUGCAAGGACCAUGAGGCCACUGUGUGUGACGUGCUGGUGGCUGGGACUGUUGGCUGCCAUGGGAACUGCUGCAGGCCAGGAGGACGGUUUUGAGGGCACUGAGGAGGGCUCGCCCAGAGAGUUCAUUUACCUGAACAGGUACAAGCGGGCAGGCGAUUCCCAGGACAAGUGCACCUACACCUUCAUCGUGCCCCAGCAGCGGGUCACAGGCGCCAUCUGCGUCAACUCCAAGGAACCCGAGGUGCUCCUGGAGAACCGAGUGCACAAGCAGGAGCUGGAGCUGCUCAACAACGAGCUGCUCAAGCAGAAGCGGCAGAUUGAGACACUGCAGCAGCUGGUGGAGGUGGACGGCGGCAUCGUGAGCGAGGUGAAGCUGCUGCGCAAGGAGAGCCGCAACAUGAACUCGCGGGUCACGCAGCUCUACAUGCAGCUCCUGCAUGAGAUCAUCCGCAAGCGGGACAAUGCGCUGGAGCUCUCCCAGCUGGAGAACAGGAUCCUUAACCAGACAGCUGACAUGCUGCAGCUGGCCAGCAAGUACAAGGACCUGGAGCACAAGUACCAGCACCUGGCCACGCUGGCCCACAACCAAUCAGAGAUCAUUGCGCAGCUCGAGGAGCACUGCCAGAGGGUGCCUGCGGCCAGGCCUGUUCCCCAGCCGCCCCCUGCCACCCCGCCCCGGGUCUACCAGCCGCCCACCUACAAUCGCAUCAUCAACCAGAUCUCCACGAAUGAGAUCCAGAGUGACCAGAACUUGAAGGUGCUGCCACCCCCUCUGCCCACCAUGCCUACCCUCACCAGCCUCCCAUCCUCCACAGACAAGCCUUCGGGCCCGUGGAGAGACUGCCUGCAGGCCCUGGAGGAUGGUCACGACACCAGCUCCAUCUACCUGGUGAAGCCAGAGAAUACCAACCGCCUCAUGCAGGUGUGGUGCGACCAGAGGCACGAUCCUGGGGGCUGGACCGUCAUCCAGAGACGGCUGGACGGCUCUGUCAACUUCUUCAGGAACUGGGAGACAUACAAGCAAGGGUUUGGGAACAUCGACGGCGAGUACUGGCUGGGCCUGGAGAACAUCUACUGGCUGACGAACCAAGGCAACUACAAACUGCUGGUGACCAUGGAGGACUGGUCUGGCCGCAAGGUCUUUGCAGAAUACGCCAGCUUCCGCCUGGAGCCCGAGAGCGAGUAUUACAAGCUGCGGCUGGGGCGCUACCAUGGCAAUGCAGGUGACUCCUUCACCUGGCACAACGGCAAGCAGUUCACCACGCUGGACAGAGACCAUGAUGUCUACACAGGAAACUGUGCCCACUACCAGAAGGGAGGCUGGUGGUAUAACGCCUGCGCCCACUCCAACCUCAAUGGCGUCUGGUACCGCGGAGGACAUUACCGGAGCCGCUACCAGGACGGGGUCUACUGGGCGGAGUUCCGAGGAGGUUCCUACUCGCUCAAGAAAGUGGUGAUGAUGAUCCGGCCCAACCCCAACACCUUUCACUAAGCCGGCCCCUCCUGACCUCUCGUGGCCAGUGACUGGAGCCCACGCCGGCCACACUGGCCCCAGCACAAAGAGCAACUCCUCACCAGUUCAUCCUGGGGCUGGGAGGACCGGGACACUGGAUUCUGUUUUCCCAAGUCACUGCGGCAGGUAAUGGAAUGGAACCGAUACUGGUACAGUGUUCUCUGUCCCUCCUCCUCGUCUUCACACCAGACAGCCCCUCAUGUUUUCAGGACAGGACUGCAGACAACUCUUUCUUUAAAUAAAUUAAGUCUCCACAAUCAAAACACAACUGCAAAAUACCCUCAUAAUAUACAUGUGUAUGAGCCUCCCUUGAGCACUUACAUGUAUACCCAUAUAUAUGCAUUUAGACAUAUAUCACAUGUGAUAUAACUAGAUACAUAUAUAUGUUUGUCUUACAUACCUAAAUACACAUAUAGUCAAUUCUCAGAUGUGGAAGCUGUUACCAACAGCUUUGCUCUUAGGAAAAAGCAUUUCCUUAAUGUGUUACUUGAGUCUAAGGACAGAUCACAGACUGUACAGUCUCAACUCUUAGAAUAAUCCUCCCAUCUGCAUGCCUGGAUUCUUCCAGGACUUUUUAUGAUGCUAAUCUCUCAUAGAGGGGUUCCUGGCUUCCCCUCUUAAGAAACCCUUUGGGCACCUAAUCAAUUUCAAUAUCCUCCUCCCUCUCCACUUUUAUACUUCUCCCUGUUCUCAGGACUUUUCCCCAUCUACCCACCCACUCAUUCAUUCAUCCUGCACCAUUCAUUCAGUGCCCUCUGGGUGUCAGGCCCUGGCCACUCACUGCAGUUCGAGGGCCAUUUUCUGCUCUGUCCUACUCCUUGCCUGCCUACUCUUUGCCCUUCCUGUCACAGUCCUUUCUGUCCAGGCAAGAUUCCUCAGCCUCUGAGUAGGAAACUGUCUGGUCUCCAGGCUUCUGGUCGGGAAAGGGAAGGCCAGGCCAGGCCAAGAGCUACACCAGCCAUAUAGAUAACGUAUCCGCAGUUUUGUAUCUUCCGUUCAUACUUUAGCCUACAUGUCAUUUUAUCCUUCACGCAAGUAAUAACCUACCUUGCCAGGAGAUACUCAAUUGAAGAGAAGUCAUCAGAUCAUCAGGGCCCCCAAAUGGCUACAGACCAGAGGUCCCACGCUCUCAGGCCAGCUAGAGCCUGCACCUCAUCCCCAAACUAUACUUCCCUGGAGAACAGGUGCCACAAAAACAAGAACUGGCCACUUCUCAUGAGUUACUGAAUAACUGGGUCACUGGACCCCUUGGUUGGGGCAUUGCAGCACGGUGGCUUUCUGAGUCCUGCCCGCCACGAAGCAUCAGCCUCAGAACUCCCAGGACUAUUGCCAAGCAGGAGGCUAGGGAUGAGUCAAGAAGGUGAGACCUUCCCCGUGGGCAGGUGGGCACAUGGGCCGAGGUGUGCGAGAUGUUGGAUGUCUGGUACUGUCCGUGUCUGGGUGCGUGCCUAUUACCUCAGCAUUUCUCACAAAAUGUACCAUGUAGCAUGUUUUGUGUAUAUAAAAGGGAGGGUUUUUUUUUAAAAAAAAUAUAUUCCCAGAUUAUCUUUGUAAUGACACAAAUCUGCAAUAAAAGCCAUCAGUGCUAUUUGGAUGUAUCUA